AUGUAUAAAGCUCAAAUACAACGAUAUCAAAAAAGUCACAUCUUAAAUAAUGAUACAAGAGUCAUUUUUGGGCAUACUUUUGAUUUGGUCCGCAUGCAGCAAGCUUUUUCCAUUUCUGUAAUUACAGACACCAGCAAUUUAGAUGUAGUUGUCGAUUCACACCAUGGUGAUGUAGAAGGUGCGGAUGUACCUGAAUCUUUUCCCCGUAUCAUUCAAAAUUCCGAUUCCAGCUUGCAUGGUGUUUUGUCAAGAAGAUCGAACGCGUUUCCCCUUGCAGCAAUUACUUUUGGUCCUAUGCAGGUGUACUCCACAUUCUUGCUUGAUUCAGUCAUGCCAGUUGAAAGAGCUUUUAGUCAUCGGCAAUUAUUUCUCUAUGAUAUUUCAGACAUUUGUACCGUUAGAAAUGUAUAUACCAUUCAGCAAGGCCUAAUGGAGUACGGUUUCGGAAUGCGUCUAGCUUCGAUGUUCCUUACACAAUUUUGGACUGAGUAUUUUCUGGCUCAAAUUUGGAAACGAUGA